GAAAAAACAUGUGGAAUGUUUAGUGUUACAAAAUGGAUAAAAAAACCACUUUCUCCGAUUUACAACUGAAUAAUUGGAUUAUUCGACAAUGCGCAACAAUAGGCGUUAAAUCACCGACACCAAUUCAAUCGAAUUGCAUACCGCAAAUAUUAGAAGGUAAAGAUUGCAUUGGCGCUGCGAAAACGGGUAGCGGCAAAACCUUGGCCUUCGCCUUGCCUAUUAUCCAAAAAUUAUGCGAAGACCCUUAUGGCAUUUUCGCUCUAAUACUCACCCCUACGAGAGAACUAGCCUAUCAAAUAGCCGAUCAAUUCGCAGUCAUCGGAAAGCCCAUGAAUCUUCGGCAUUGCGUAAUCGUCGGAGGUAUGGACAUGGUAGAACAAGGCAUACAAUUAUCCAAACGACCCCACGUAGUAGUAGCCACUCCCGGACGAUUAGCGGACCAUCUAGAUAGUUGCAAAACGUUUACCCUGUCCAAAAUAAAGUUCGUGGUGCUAGACGAAGCGGAUCGGCUGCUCAGCGGACAAUUCGACCAACAGAUUCAAACGAUAUUCAAAAAUCUACCCAAGAACCGACAGAAUCUGUUCUUUUCCGCCACCAUCACCGACACUUUGGAGAAAUUGAAAGGCAUCAGCAAUAAGGAUUUCUACCAUUACGAAGCCCCUUCUAUCUCCGACGCUGCUACUGUAGAACAAUUAAAACAGUACUACGUGCUGUGUCCCAAAGACGUUAAAGACGCCUACCUCGCCCAAAUCAUUCGAGAAUUUAUCGGCACCAACGCUUCGGGAAACGUGAUGAUAUUCACCGAUACCUGCAAGAAUUGCCAAGUGUUAUCGAUGACUUUGAACGAUGUGGGCUUCGAGAACGUCGCGCUCCACGCCAUGAUUCCGCAACAACAACGACUGGCCGCCCUGGCGAAGUUCAAAAGUAACACUGUUAAAAUUCUAAUAGCUACAGACGUGGCCAGCAGAGGUCUCGAUAUACCGGCCGUACAGCUAGUUGUAAACCAUUCGAUACCGAAAGUGCCUAAAGAGUAUGUGCAUAGAGUCGGUAGAACGGCGAGAGCUGGUAGAACGGGUAAAGCUGUUACGUUAGUCACUCCUUAUGAUGUUGCGUUGUUGAAAGCUAUCGAGGAACAUAUAAAUACUGAAUUAGUAGAGUUAAAAGUGGAUGAUGCUGAAGUGGGGAAAAUUUACACGCAAGUUUCGGUAACGAAAAGCGAGGCGUAUCUCAAACUAGACGAGGGCGAUUUCUACGAAAAACGUUUAAUCAACAAACGAAAAAAAUGGAUAUUGGAGGGUUUGGAUCCGGACGAAGAAGAGGAGAAAUUGUUAAAAAAGAAGAAAAAACACCGCAAGUUAAAUUCAUCUAAUGGUAAAUUAAAAAAUAAAUAAAUUUCUUAUAGUUGCAUCUGUUUGAAAUCGUUCGUCAUGGCCUCGACGUCCGGCAUCAGGCCCAAUUUGUGCAAAAUUCUCACAGACAUUCCCCAAAACCAUCUAUUAAUCCGUUGUAAUCUGCAGAGACGAUUCCUUUUUAACAAACCCCCAUAUUUCUAACUAAUCAUACUUACUGCAACAUAAUUUCGAAAUACACCUUCUUCGGCACGUUAAUCAAUCUCUUCGUUAACUUAGACUGUUCAUAAUAAAUCGAUUUUGUGGCCGUUCUGGCCAAUACGCUAUACCUGUCUAUGGGAUUCCCGUGAUGGUGUGCUAUAGCGCGAAUCGUAUUUAAAUUCCUGCAAACAGUACAACAAUCGGCAAUUAUCGUAGGCUUAUAAAAUGGCAAUUUACCUCAACACCAACAGCAACGAACUGGGCAUUUCCUUCAGACAAACCAUGACGCUGUCGAACCGGUGCUUGGCGUAUUCCGUCAUCUGUCGCAAAUCCUCGUCGGUGAGCCGGGCUCGAAGCUUGAACCCUUGCGCCUUCAACGGGGAUUGCGUUAGUAUUUCGGCGAAUAACUCGUAAUCUACAAGCAAAAUGGCGCUCUAAAGAUCGCACGAGUAGAUUUUACGCGUUUACUUUCCACUCCCAGUUCUUUGGAAUAUCUCUUCAUGCCGUCGUGAUCGUUGAGCACGAUGGCGUUCCACAUACAACUAAGCGAUCUUCUUUCGUCCGGAGAUACCUGUUGGUACAAACCGUGAUCUAACAACACCAAUUGCGCGUCUCCCUUGAUUUUCCUCACUAAAAC